CAUUCACCAUCUUUUCUUUCUUUCUCUCUCUUUCUUUACAUAAGACAUUCAUAAAAUCACAAUAAACACACCAAAAAAAGGGUAAAUGAGCAUUCAAUUCAAUAUGACUAAUGCUCAAGACUUGGGGCAAGAGGGUUUUAUAUGGGGCAUAUCCAAUUCUGAUGAUUCCGGAGGUGGUUGCAGAGGAAUCGAGAAACAAUCGCCUCCAUCGCAACCUUCUCAUCCGUCGCCGGAGAUCCAGACUGCGACGGCAGACAAAUCAACGAUAGUAGAUGAAGCAGUGAGUUCCAUCAAAUCCCUUGAACAAACUUUGCAAAAACUCCAAAUGCAAAAGCUCGAGAGGCUUCAGUAUUCUUCUGCCUCAACAAACACAACUCCUACUACAACUUUGGCUUAUGAUCCAUCUUCAUCUUCUUCUCCAACAACUCUCCUCACACCAAUCUCAAACCAUCCCAUAGGCGCCACCGCAGCAGAUUCUUACCCUCGCGCAGCUUUCUUGGCCGAUCAGAUAUCUUCUUCCAGCGCUGCUGCUGUGAACCUGCCUUACCCUUGUAAUGAUCCGAUCGUGACUUUCGAUACUUGGUCCUCACGUAACGUCGUGCUGAAUAUCUGUGGAAAUGAAGCAUUCUUCAAUUUGUGUGUCCCUAAACACAAAUCAGGGGUUUUCACUUCUGUUUGUUACUUGUUUGAGAAGUGUAACAUGGAGGUUUUGUUUGCUAAUGUCUCCUCUAAUGUUUUCUGGAGCACCUACGUGAUCCAAGCACAGGUAAAUCCGAGUUACGAGACUCAGUUAUUGGGAAAUGGGUUUGGAGUAGGGGACAUUUUCAAGCAAGUUGCUCAAGAACUGGUGUUAUAUCUUUCAUCUCCAUAAAUCAUAACUGGUUGCUUCCGUUUGAAUUUUAAGUAUUUUCAGGGUUUUUUCUUUUCUGCAAAGUCCCAUCUCUUUGCUUAUGCAGAAGAUUAGCUUGGACUUUUAACUUUAAA